AUGUAUUAUACAAUUUCAGUAAGAGCUGAACCUAAUGUUUUUGGUGGUGAUGAGACAAGUAUCAAACUUGGGAGGUUAAUGGGGAAAGAAGUCGCACCUGAUGAGAUGCCUGAUCGACAUCCUAUUCAAAUAAUGCCUGAAGUUUUUUUAGAUAAUCUUGAUACCGACUCUGACUUCUACCUUGAUUUAUUGCAAAACAAUUAUAUAAAUUCUUUUGGUAAUAUAUCAGAAUUAGCAUUUGCAGCUGAGAGGUUAAGUAGAUCUGAUUGUUUAAUUAAAAAUGGCGAGAUAAUGAAUUCUGAAACCUUAAAAUCGUGUGCUGUUUUGUAUGCAACCAGAAGCUUAUAUUUUGCACAUAUACAGAAAGUACCAUUAAAUCGUUCUUUUUCAGGAUUUAAAAGAUCUCCAUACUUUGAUACAUUUGGAAUUCAACGUCAAAAACAUAUGGAAUAUCAAGAAAUAUUAAACGCGACUUAUAAAAAGGAACACAGAGUUAAGAAUGACCAAAUAUGGCAAUUAGAGUAUGUCCCAUAUCUCAAACACAUUGUAAAAAAGAAAGAUAUUGCUUCAAAAUAUAACAGUUUGCAAAAGAAAUUGAUUGAUGAAUUAUCAUUUUAUCAAAAACAUUGA